AUGUCAUAUAAGGUAACGCAUGCGAGAAACUUCCCAUACCAUUUGUCUCUAUCGGAUGGGAUCAUAUAUCACACUGUGCUACAGUGGUAUAAGGCACCAAUGUGCUUCAUGUUCAGCCACUUUCUGUUUAAGGGGCAAUCAAAGUUCAAGGCGGCGGAGAAAGCUCCACAUACUCCGCUUCUAUAUUACUUGUACCUCCAAAAGGUUUCUCUUUACGGAGGGAGUGAGCUGCGCCUCUCAGUUGUCAAAGACAAGUUUGAUUAUCAAGGUGCCUUGAUAGCUGUGGUGCACCUGCACCUGCAGCUGAUGCCUAGAACGAUUGUAGUUGAAAAAUCUGUCAAGAAGCUUAUUCCGUCGCUAGAUUCAAAUUUUCAGCUCCAUGGCAUUCUCACAGAACGGGUGUCAAAAUGA